AUGGGCGAAGGCAACAACGAAGCGGGUAGACGGCCGCAUCUUGCUCACAGCCAUGCACACGAAGGUGAAAUCCCGGGCACUGUGGACUUGAGUGCGGUAGAGGGGGAUGACACGGCAUAUGGACAAGCUUUAUACCCUGUUCCUGCUGAAGACCCGAAUGAUCCACUACAAUGGCCAGGCUGGAAGAAAAAUAUUAUUUUGAUCAUCGUCUCUGUCUACUCCUUUCUCGGAAAUAGUUCCCUGACUGGGCCCUCGGUGUAUAUCAGCAUAUACAGUGAGGAGUUUGGGAUCUCACCAGCUGAAGCUUCGGGCUUGAUUUCGUAUCCGAAUCUGGCCUUUGGAUUUGGCUCACUUCUUCUGGUGCCUUUGUAUCUGAAAAUUGGAAGAAGACCGGUGACACUCCUUUCUAUGAUCGCGUUCCUUGCCGGGUUGAUUGGGGCCUCUCGUGCUAGUAGUUAUAGUGGUUUGAUGAUUGCUCGUAUCUUCCAUGGAUUCGGGAGUGGGGUGUGUGAAAGCUUACCGGUGCAAGUGGUGAACGACAUCUUCUAUCUUCAUGAGCGUGGAAAGAGAAUCGGAUACUAUACCAUCUGCCUUUGCCUCGGAUCCACUGGUCCUCUUUAUGCCGGAUAUAUGCUGGCUGGUGGCUACUCAUGGCGACUAUUCUUUUACGUCGAAGCUGCCUUUGCUGGCGCAUUGUUGAUCAUGGCAUUCUUUUUCGUGGAAGAAUCUACUUAUCAUCGCCCUCAGCAAUCUCCACUUCAAAAUCCUUCGACUGAUUCCCUUCAAGCCAAAGAGAUUGCCGGCGAGAAAUCGCAGCCACCUGUCCAAUUGGAGAAUGUAUCUUCAAUGUCAAUCCCACGACGAAAGUCAUUCUUGGAAACAUUAAAACCCUGGGGUGAAAUUGACCACGAACCUGAAUUCUUCAUGACAAUCUUGCGUUCGUUUACCUACUUCUUCGUUCCCGUUGUGUUUUGGGUCAUCGCCACAUACGGUCUUUAUAUUGGACUGGGGGCCCUCGCAUUCAACUAUACCUUCCCGAUCAAAAUAACAGCACCGCCGUAUAACUGGAGUGAGACAAACUCUGGCCUCAUUGCAAUCGCAAGCUUUAUUGGCUACUCCCUUGCUCUCCCUCUGACAUCGACCUCGGACCGAUUGGCUGCAUAUCGCACGAAACGUAACAACGGAAUACGUGAGGCCGAAAUGCGCCUCCCAGCUCUGUUCCCGGUCCUCCUGCUGCCACCGGCAGGUCUCAUAGUCUACGGUUUCACAGCCCAACGCGACCUUCACUGGACUGGAUAUUUUGCCGGUGUUGCGAUGAAUCAGUUUGGAUCAUACUUUUAUUUCACGUUCACGCUUGCCUACGCAGUGGACUCAUAUUACGCCAAUACAUCGGAAAUGUUGAUCGCGAUGAAUUUGGGGGGUAUGCUGUCGUGA